UAUAGAAACACAGUGAUGCAGGAGAGUUGUUGCACAACAUCACCAGAUCAUUCUUCUGGGAAACAGAGGCAGGUAUUGCUAUCAAGUAUGGAGGCUGCUAUCAGUGUGUUGGUAUCCCAGUUCAAGGUGUUUGCUGGGAAGGACGGAUCCUCAGACACGCUAAGUCGUGAUGAGUUCCACAGCCUGGUGGCUUCCCAGCUGCCCAACUUUGUCAAGAAUGCCAGCAACCCUGCAGCCGUUGACAAACUCAUGGGCUCAUUGGAUGAGAACAAGGACGGGGAGCUGACUUUCAUGGAGUUCUGGCAUCUUAUUGGCACAUUGGCCAUCCAGCAUGGAGGAUUCAGCCAAUAGUCAAGACACAAAUGGGUUCUCAUGAUUCAGUGUUGUGUUGUGUGCUCAUCAGGGCUGCAGUGUAUGUUGACAUUAAAUGAUCAAGCGACAAAUCAAAUCAUUUUGAACACUCUCUCUUUUAGUUGUACCAUGUUCAUAGUACAGCAUUAUACAUCUGAUGUAAACAACUGAACAGCUCCAUAUACAGUACAGAAAGAACACAGUGGCUCUGUUUGAUUCCGUCUUGCUCUAUGCAAUUCCCUCAUUUGCUUUGCGUUCCAUUGCUUCACUCUGCUUCUCCGACCAGUCUGUUCCAUCCCGCUGGUGGGACGCUAUAAUUAUGCCUGUUCACAAUGCCAAUGUCUCGCUCUCUCUCUCUCUCACACACACACACACACUCUGUCUCUCUCUCUCUCACACACACACACACAAACACACACUCUCUCU